CUUUUGAGACUGUAUCUGGUCACGUUGGUCAUUGCAAUGGCGAUGGUGAGAGAGGGCGUUGUUGUCCCCGAGCCGUCAUGGAUGCGGGAGGGGAACAUGGCGGAAUACAGAGCCGAAGAGGCGGGGUACGAGGGCUCCUGGUUCGCAGUGAAGAUUGUGAAGCUGCAUUACAAGAGCUCGGGGGAACGCAAGGUGUGCCAUCAGGUGUACGUGCAGUACCGCGACUUUACGGUGUCGGAUGACCCUGGCAGUGAGCCCUUGCAUGAGUUUGUGAUGAAGGACCAGCUGCGGCCCUUUCCGCCCGAGCUUCAACAAACGAGAUGGAGGGUGCGUGACGCUGUGGAGACGAUGCACAACGAUGCGUGGUGGGUAGGCUUCAUCAAAUACCACAACUCUAAGGAGAACACCUACCGAGUCUACUAUGGCGUGGGGCAAGCAGAGCUCGAUUUACCGCAUUCUCACAUUAGAUGUCGCCUGGAGUAUGUUCGCCCCUCGGGUUCUGAUCUUCGGUGGAGCUGGAGACGUGUUUGCCCAAUGCAGGAUCCGCCAGCUUGGGGGCCACGGGUGAAUAAGAGAGAGCUGCAGACACAGUCAAGACUGAAGGUGUCCCCACGUCGCCUAGUUUACGAUUCCGAUCACUCUUGGGACGAGGACAAAGGACGAAGGAGAGGGCGUCAACCGACCAAGAGGCCGAGGUUGCAGAGAAAGAGUGUAUCGGGCAAGCCGCGAGCUCGGACGCGGAUUCGCGUGAUCAAGUUUCCGAAGCCCGGGAUGGAGAUCACGACCACGAAUCUGCCGCCGCAUCCGCCAAAGGUGUCAGAGCAAUCAAUCGUCUGCCUCACCCCUGGAUCAUCACCUCCAGCAGACAGUCCUCCCCACGAUUCCAACAUCACGCGCGCAUCGGAUCCCCAGUCGCAAAUUGCACUCGCAACUACAGAACUAUCCCCACAACGAAGGCCAUUGUCGGCGACAUCCUCAUCAUCAUCAACGAGCAGCAGUAACAACUCGGGUUCCAGCUCAAAGUCCAGCUCCGAGGACGUCGAUGCCGAUGGUGACAAUUCCGAAGAGGAUGAAUCUGUGCACACGCGUACCCACAACAGAGGAACAGUGUCAAAGGGGCUACCAGAUUUCUCAAUAUUCACAGAUUUUUCUGCCGACAGGGUCAUUGAGGACCGGGCGGCGUAUAAGAAGCUGUUGGAGAGAUUUCGAGACAGUUCGAAGGGAGUCCUGGACAAAAGGCGGCAUGAGCUCCUGCAAGGCAUCCGGCACGAGCUUCAACUCCCCCUAGAGUUUUGUUGGCAGGCGCACUGUGAAGUGUUCGGCGUCCUCGAGUGAGGGAGGGUAAUGAAAAGUCUUUCAUCUUUCAUUUCCACUGAAUGCUUACCACUUUGUAGAAAAGGGAAUUGCUCGUGGCUGUUUGAAUAAAAGUGGGGGUUUUGAGUGCCCAUCUCAUGUCCUGUACACGGCGUUGGGUGGUCGUAGAUACUCACAAUGCCUUCAAAGGGUUUUGCUGAUGCACACCAUUCGACUCAGAGCAACCUUUCCAUGUUCUGGGACUUCAUCACAACGAUUUUUAUCAUUUUUAAAUUAAAAAAAUUGUUUCCUUCUUGGGCGCGCAAAGGUGCUGUGCCAAAUGGCUCA